AUGGCGGAUUUUCUUCUAUUCGAAGGCCCAAUGGGCUAUUCCCUUUUUAAGGUGGCUCACCAAGCCGACACUGUGGGAAACCGGUUGAAAGAAGUUCAAGAUGGAAUGCAGGAUCUCGCCAAAUUUGGCAAAAUGGUUGAUCUUGUUAGCUUCUUGCCGUUUGAGAACAACAAGCAGGCGCUCGGAGAAAUAAACGAUGUCUCUGAGGGAGUGGCAUCGGAGAUGCUAGUAUCUUUCCUCGACCUAAAUCUACCAAAACCCAGUAAAAAAAAGACAGUCGUGUUGGGGGUUUUCGACAAAGCUCUUGCUGGCAGUAUCAAAGCUGCAUUCCCUUUUGUCGAGUGCGAGACAGGAGAUACAAGCGAAGUUGUCCAGGAUAUGCUACGAGGAAUCCGGCUUCACGCGGCGAAGCUCUUGAAGCAGCUUCGAGAAGGCGAUCUUAAUACCGCUCAACUCGGCCUCGGCCAUGCCUAUUCUCGAGCAAAAGUGAAGUUCUCUGUGCAGCGUGAUGACAACCAUAUCAUCCAGGCCAUCGCUAUUCUCGAUCAACUAGACAAAGCUGUUAAUACAUUUUCGAUGAGAGUUCGAGAGUGGUAUUCUUGGCACUUUCCCGAACUCUUCAAGAUCGUUUCUGAUAAUCACCGAUACGCACGCCUUGCGCUACUUAUUCGAAAUAAGAAAGAACUCACGGAAGACAAGCUGCAUGAUAUUGCGGCUAUCGUUGAAGAUGAUGAGGGCGUUGCGAGAAGUAUCAUUGAUGCGGCGAAACAUAGCAUGGGCCAAGACAUUUCCGAGUCUGAUAUGGAAAAUGUCACAUCCUUUGCUGAAAGAGUUGUCAGCCUUGCUAACUACAGAAAAUCUCUACAUGCUUACUUGGUAUCUAAAAUGAGUGUGGUUGCUCCAAAUCUUGCAGCUCUCAUUGGAGAAAUUGUUGGUGCGCGACUAAUUUCCCACGCCGGGAGUUUGACAAAUCUAUCCAAAUACCCUGCCUCGACCGUUCAAAUUCUUGGUGCCGAAAAAGCACUUUUCAGAGCACUUAAGACGAAAGGAAAUACUCCAAAGUACGGCCUUUUAUAUCAUUCCUCAUUCAUCGGCCGUGCAGGUCCCAAAAAUAAGGGCAGAAUUUCCCGUUUCCUUGCAAACAAAUGCUCGAUCGCUUCUCGAAUAGAUAACUUCUCGGAAACUCCUUCUACUAAAUUUGGUGACGUAUUACGGAAGCAGGUGGAGGAACGACUUGAGUUUUAUACUACCGGCGCCGCGCCCACUAAAAACGAAACCGCCAUGAAAUCCGCCAUGGAUUCCCUGCUAGCCGAUAUAAAAAUUGAUGCUGAGGACAGCGAUGUGGAAAUGGAUGAUACUGCCGAAGUGACUCAGAGCGUGGAGAAAAAGAGUAAGAAGGAGAAAAAGGGAAAGAAGGACAAGAAAGAAAAGGGAGAAAAGAAGGAAAAGAAGGCCAAGAAGGCAAAAGGAGAGGAAGAUGAUAAGGAUACGCCGAAGAAAAAGAGGAAGCGAGAUAGUGAAGCUGCCUCCACUAAAAAGAAACCCAAGUCAUGA